AUGGGACCGACAGAGUCGAAACGUGGUUUUUAUGACGAUGCCUACGACGAUGACAUUGGCCCUGACAAUGAACGUGAUGCUCAGAACUCGAACGCAGAGCAAUCACCUCGUACAAAGAAACGGAAGGGCAGUACACAACCUAGGGAGAAGUGGACAUUGGAAUCUGGAACGGUAGUCGAAGACAUUCUGUUCGAGGCUGGAAAGCAGAUGAAGGACUUACAUCCUAUUCAUUCGUUCAUGGUCGAUUUGAGUGACAAGAUUACACGGCAGCUGUUCUCAAAGAAAGACUGGAUCGAAAUCUGCGACAAUCUCCCGGAUGGGUCACCGUAUUCCAAGGAGGCGCCAGAUUAUAUGGAUGAAUUCGAACGCGUGGAAACGCUUAAAGACCUCCAGGAUCUGCUUGACAAGCGUCCACGGCACAUCGAGUCCCAACUUGUACAUGAGUGCCUCUUGAACUGGUAA